ACUAAUUAUGAGGCAACAUUGGACACACAUGGUCGUUGAGGAACUAAACCCUAGAAAAACCUCUUCAAUAUCUAGCAAGAAGUAGAAGAUGAACUCCUUAACUAACCUUCUGCGCUUCCACCUUCGCAUCUCUCCCCGUCUCUUCCGCCUCUUCUGCUCCACUCAAAACCCUAGCUCUAGCUCCCCCCAAAAACCUCUGCGAUCAAUCAUCAAAGCCCUUUUUCGCGAGAAAGACCUAAAUCAGCUCAUCUCCAACUUCAAGCGCUGCUCCGCCGACCGUAACUUCCGCAGCAAGCCCGAAGUCUACGAGAUCAUUAUCCGCCGACUCGCCACCGCCGGCCGGCUCGAUGCGGUUGACGACAUCAUCGAGCAACACAAGUGCUACCAAGAAGAAAUGUCUCACGAGGGUUUCGCUGUACGCCUCAUUUCUCUUUACGGUCUAGCUGGAAUGCCAGAACGCGCUGCCGCACUUUUUCAAGAGCUUCCUGCACUCGGUUGCCCCCGUACAGUCUUUUCAUUCAACGCCGUUCUCACCGCUUAUACCCGGUCGAAUGCCGCCGAUCGGAUCGCCCACCUUCACAAGUUCCUCUCAUCUCACGACGCCUCUAUAGAGCCCAAUCGUAUUUCGUACAACAUUCUGAUAAACGCUCUGUGUGAAAGGGACCUCCUCGAUGAUGCCCUCAAUACCCUGGAUUUGAUGGAAAAGCGUGAGAUUAUGCCCGACUUGGUAACUUUCAAUACCCUAUUAAAUGGCUUUUAUGGCAAGGGUAUGAUCUCCGAGGCUGAUGAGAUAUGGCAAAGAAUGAAGGAGACUGGCAUCCAGCCGGAUGUGAGAAGCUUCAACGCAAAGAUCAGAGCGUUUGCUUGGCAAGGAAAGAUUGUGGAGGCAAUGGAGGUUUUGGAAGAGCUUAGGAGAGUUGGGUUGGAGCCUGAUACUUUGACUUACAAUGCUCUUAUUAAAGGCUAUUGUCGUCAAGGGAAUUUGGAGGAGGCCAAGAGAUUAUACAAACAAAUGGGGAAAAAUGGCUGCUUUCCUGACAGGCAUACUUUGAGGGAAUUGAUCCCCAAACUCUGCCAAGGCGGCGAUGUUGACUUGGCACUAAAUAUAUGCAUAAAAGCGAUAGACAAUGGAUUUCUUGUUGAUGUAGGCAUUAUUCAGGUGUUGAUUGAUGAGUUGGUGAAGGGUUCCUUGCAUGAUAAAGCUAAAAAACUUGUGAAGCGAGCAAGGUUAAAGAACGAUAGAGCAAACCUGAAGAUGCCUCUAUCUUGUUUGGCAAUAUAGUUUCUUAUGCUCCAAGCAGUGAUAGAAGUGAAGAGGAGAUUGGGUCCGGGGCAACCAUUCUUAUUGUUCCAUAGACAAAUGGUGAAGAAUCACAGAGCUAUGAAGAAUUUUGCAAGAUGAAAAUUCGAGCAAGUGAGAGUUGACAGAACUUUCAUCAUGAAAGAAAGAAUUACACAACAAAUGGGUGUACCGAGUGAAGACUGAGCUUGAUGGCAGUAAGAGGUAUAAGACUAGACUUGUUGAAAAAUGCUUUCAGUAGAGGCAGGAUAUUGCCCAUGCAAUGGGAGUUGUAAGCAGAUACAUGAGUAACCCAGGAAAUAACUUGGAGGUGUCAGUCUAUGUUGAGCCUACUGAUAUGUUGACUAUGGGUAUUACACUUGGGAAACUGAAGUUGUGCGCAACUUCAGUUGGUCUUCUGGUGUGAAGACAUGGGUCUUGAGUUGCAGAAGUGGGGGAUAUCACGUUUGAGGAAAUGGGCGACAUCGCCAGUUGAGGAUAUCAGUUUGAGGAAGAAGACGAUGCAGACUGUGUAUCGGUCUCUAAGUGGGAGAUUUGUUAAAUGUGGAAACCGAUUUCUCCCGCUCCGCCUUCCCCCGAUCAUGAACAGUCGCGACUCUCGCUUCCGCCUUCCUCUGUCGCGAACCGAAGCGAAGCUUCAGUUGUUUUUGUGAAACGACACCUGCUUAUGUUGCUCCCGCCUCUUCUACUUACCGUGAUUUGGAUCCCGCUCAACUGUUCCCUCCAUCGGCCUCUCUCAGUCGCGAUAAAAGGAAGCCCCCACCAUUUGGUUCCUUUGCUGGUGUAAGUUAUUGAAGGAAAGAGAAGUGCAAGCAAUAGUUUCUUGCGACAGAAGGAAGAAGAAAGAAGAAGAAGAAGAUUGAUCUUUCUUGGCUUCUUCUUGUUGGCUUGCAGCAGAAUAAAAAUAGGAUUUCUCUUGUAUGUUUAUCUUUUUUGGUGUGUAUUUAAGAGAGAGUGAGGAAGUGA